CGUGUGAACUAUAUAACCACCCACUCCCACUCAGUGUUUACUGACAGAUCACCAACAAACGACCAAAACACCUAAUAAUAAUAGUAAUCAAAUAAGUUAGUUAAUAAGACCAGCCGCACUGGUGAGCUUAUUGCGCAACUGAUUCAUUCAGUUACAUUAGAAAGAAAUAGAAAUAGCUCUGUAAUAAACGUUUAGUGGCAUUAUCGGAAUUAAUAUUAGCAAAUAUAAUGGGUGUACUAACAAAGAAACCAAAGACCUUCGAGGUUCAAUUUAAUGACCCGAACAAGUGCGUGUACAGCGGCGGAGAUAAAGUGGCCGGACGGGUGAUCGUGGAGGUGGCGGAGGUGGUGCACAUCUCCGCCGUUAAACUGUUCGGAAUCGGAUGCGCUAAAGUCGAUUAUAAUAAAGGAAAGAUACACUGCAGGGAUGAGAUUGAGUACCUGAAAUAUGAAGAAAUUCUUCACCUUGAUCAUCAGCCAACAGAUGCAGAUGGCUCCAUCACUCUCAAGCCUGGAAACAGAUACGAGUUCAUGUUCGGGUUCGAACUUCCACAGGCGGGGUGCCUUGUUUCCUCCUACGUGGGAAAGUUUGGCUCAGUCCAAUACUACGUGAAGGCCAUCAUAGCGAAAUCCGGCCAUUCGUAUGCAGAAUGCAAGCGCUAUUUCGAGGUGGAGGAACCGGUUGACAUCAACACUCAAGAGCUCAUGGCUCCAGUCACAGGAACGAAACAGAAGAAAGUCACCUGCAUGUUUAUUCCCGACGGCAGCGUGUCCGUGGUCGCUCGCAUAGGCCGAAAGGGUUACUGCGAAGGAGAAGACAUUUGCAUCGAUGCUCAGUUCGAGAACUCAUGCUCUCGGAUCGUCAUUCCUAAAGCCGCCAUCAUAGCCAAGCACAUUUACCGGGCGAACGGCCGCAUCAAACAGUUUCACGAGAAGCUCACUUCUGUCAGGGGAGAUCACAUCAUCUCCGGCAUGUGUGACGUGUGGCAGGGGAGAGUGCUUCGUGUGCCAAAACUGAAACCAACCAUCUUGGGGUGUGACAUUAUUCACGUUGACUAUUGUCUGAGGAUCUACUUGCAUAUCCCAGGGAGCGAGAAGCUCAUCCUAGAUCUUCCUCUGGUCAUCGGGACGAUCCCCUACAACGGCAUGAACAGUCGUACCAGCAGCAUGAGCAGCCAAGAUGGCAGUGGCACCUCCAGCACCUGCGGGUCCCUCCUGUCUUCUCCGCCCAGCUACUGCGAGAUCUCGCGGGACAGCCACAUGAAUAGUUCCUUCACUCCUCUCCUGGAUGAUUACGAUGAGAAUGACAGUCCUAUAUUCAUGCGCAUUAGCGAGUAUCGUCUCCCCCCUCCCCCAGCAUACACUGAGCAAAACUAAGACUGCCUUGGAAGUGGAGUUCUCCAAAAUUUUAAACUCCAGCAGAAGAUUGAAUUCAGGAAGAUUCAGAUUUCAGACACUGCUAAUGGACCAUGCAUGCUUUACUCCAGAGUUGCGGACUAUGAAAUGCUGGGUCAUGCCAAGAACUGGUUGUCGGUGAAGUCGUCUGAAGCUGGACUUUUUUGUUGAUGUGUGAAUCCACCUCUUGAAAAUGACCGUUGACACCUUCAUGUUUAAUUCUGAAGAAUCCUCAGCAUCUGAGAAAGUUUUUACAUUUAUGACUUUGCCAUAUUGGUAUAAUAUUCUGUCUGCGCUUAUUUCAAAUUGGAAAGUGUUGGUGGUAGAAAAGCCUUCGGAUUAGAGGGACAAUAUUUUCGUGAUGCACAAAAAUGUGAUGCAGUUUUGUGAGUGGAAAUGAUUAUAUAUCAUAUUGAGUUUAAUGUAGUAUUUCAAUCUUUCGUAGUAGCAUGUGUAUUAUAAUUUAAUACAGAAAUCAGAAUAUGCAUUUAUGUGAUUAUAUAGAAUAGGCCUGUAGUCAGUUUUUUUGGGUAUUAGCGCCAAAUUAAUCCACUUUUGAAUUUUGAAAUUGUGCAUUUUGUACUCUUGUUUUUUUAUUUGAACUUAUCAGUUCUACAGAUAACAUUGGAGAAUACAAUAAAAAUGUGAAAUCAUCAAA